AUGCAGGCUGAUGAGAGUGGCCAGAUUUCUGCGAAGGAAAAACCGCAGAUCAGCGAGGAUCAUGUUUUGCAGGAGGAUUGUGACUCCAGCGUUGGAGAGAUGGAGUACGAAAUAGAGAAGAUUCUAGAUGUUAAAGCAUUUGUGAAUGAAGGCAUCUUGAAGUAUAAAGUUAGGUGGUUUGGGUAUGACGAAGACGGUGAUACUUGGGAGCCAGAAGGUAAUUUGAAUGGAGCUAAGAAGGCACUACGUAAUUUUAGUAAGACCCAUAAGAAGGAUAUUGAUCGUGAGCGACGAAUUAUUGAAGAACUGAAGCUGGCAGCUGCAAAAUCGAAGCGGAGUGGUCAAAAGUCUUUUCCGCCGGAGACGGAAGACAAUCUUGCCAGAGAGGUUCUAGAAGACCCAGAGAUGAAAAUUCUGUCUGCCAGCAUUCAGAAGGGCACUGCAACAAAGAAUAGGCAUGUUUCUGUGGAGUGCUCUCUCCUUAAAAAACGUCAGUCUGGUAAUGCUGAAGCGACCAUUCCGAAGGAAAAUAAUCAAAGGCGUAGGGUUCUUGAAUGCAUAAUGAUGCCCGACAAGACUGUACAUAUGACCUGCCGCGUGGAGGGCACAAUAAGUGUCAUUCCCGUUAAAGAGGCUCAUGAUCGUUUUGGCUUUGAAGUGGUCGAGUACAUGUUAGAUCAUGCCGAGUUUUCUUAA